ACGUAUUAGCAUGCCAGUCCACAAAGCCCUGAUGUGUCGCUGAAUUGGCAACCAUGGGUUCAAGAAAGAUCCUUUGCGUAAACCCCAAUAUAAAGUUUCGUUCUUUUUUGGGCUUAAGAGAUAUCUCUGCAAACCGCGGCAGCAAUAUGAGAGGGAUCAUGUCAAGUUUGGUCCACUCCCAGUCUUCGCUUACCAGGCUUUGUGCGGUGGCUGUGUUCAAAAACUGUAGAUUAUUGUCAACAGGCUCUAACAAGGUGAAUAGGCAUGCACAGAUUGAGGAGACAGAGACAAUUCAAUCCAUGCCCCACCCUACUGAAAAGCUACUCGUUCUAGGCGGAAAUGGAUUUGUUGGUUCGCAUAUAUGCAAAGAAGCUCUAAAUCAUGGCUUGACUGUAACUAGCCUUAGCAGGUCUGGAAGAUCAGCUUUGAGUGAUUCUUGGGCUGACAACAUAGUCUGGCAUCAAGGAGAUCUGCUCUCUCCUGAUUCUAUAAAGCAUGCUCUGAGAGGAGUUAACUCUGUGAUCUCAUGUGUUGGAGGGUUUGGUUCAAACUCUCAUAUGUAUAAAAUCAAUGGAUCUGCAAAUAUAAAUGCCGUCAGCGCUGCUGCAGAAGAAGGCGUGAAAAGGUUUGUAUACAUCUCUGCUGCUGACUUUGGUGUGGUGAAUUAUUUGCUACGAGGAUAUUACGAGGGCAAGAGAGCAACUGAAGUUCAGCUGAUGAAUAAAUUCCCUUAUGGAGGUAUAUUUCUUAGGCCAGGUUUCAUACAUGGAACUCGUCGAGUUGGGAGCAUGAACUUACCUUUAAGUCUCAUUGGCGCACCAUUGGAGAUGAUACUCAGUCAUGCAAGGCUGCUGACCCACAUCCCCAUUAUUGGUCCUCUGCUCAUACCUCCAGUUAAUGUAACUUCUGUGGCAAAAGUUGCUGUAAAAGCUGCAAUAGAUCCCACAUUUCCUCCUGGAAUUGUUGACGUAUAUGGUAUACGACAAUCUAGCCAACAUGUUUCAUCUUAAGCUUAUUGAGUAGUUUUUCAAGUUUUCUUUCUUUAUCUGAUCAUGGAAUAUUGUAAUCCAGUUGCACUUUUCUUGGCAUCGUUUAUUUUUAUUUCAUGGCAGAUUUGGCUUCCAGUAUGCUGAGAAUAGAUUGAUUCUACAUUAAAAUUAAUAAAAAAAAAGUGUCAGAUUCAUGAUCUGGCAUUUCUUUGGUCAUUUA